AUGAAUUCUAUCCCAAAGUCAAUCGCAAGGUGUCGUUGCUUGUCUAAGCUAUGGGGUUAUAUGUUUCAACGUUUCACCGACUUGUUCCAGACCAGACCUCGUCCGAGUCUCUUAUUCGUCCUCCAACGACAUGGCGAGUGGAGCUUCUUCUCAUCGCCUCAGCUUCAGAAUCCAUACAAGAAGUCGUCUCUUGUAGUAUCUGCCGAUUUUCAUGUCAAGUUCUCUAGAGACAUGUGCCCUGUAGCCUUUCAUAUGAAGUUCCUAGAAGACAUGUGGCCUUCAGACUUUCGUGGCCUUACCUUUGGUUUGAUAUAUUUAUCUAGCAUGCGGAUCACAGAAAAGAAUGGUGAGGAUGAUGCAGUAGUGCAUGUGAUAUUUAACCCUAGAACGAGACAGUUUGCGAGCUUGCCUAAACUGGAAACGGACGGACUGUCGAGAAGCUUUUUAGGGUUUGAUCCAAUUGACAAGCAAUUCAAGAUCUUGUCUGUGGAUGUUGAUGAUCAUAGAAUUCUGACGUUAGGAACGGAAGAAAUGAGUUGCAGGAAGAUCCAAUGUCCUUUAUGGCAUCGUUCUUGGCCCGAAGAAGGGAUAUGCAUCAAUGGGGUUUUGUAUUAUUUAGCUGAAACUUAUGACACAUCUGAUGAACCGUAUGAUGGUUAUGUGAUAGUUUGCUUUGAUGUUAGGUCUGAGAAAUACAAAUUCAUUGAGCUAGAAUACUUUGAAGCUAAAUCGAUAAACUAUAUGGGUAAAUUAGGUAGGAUAAAUUGGAUGUAUACUAGCGUUGGAAGUGGAAGGCGUACCCUUGAGUUGCAUAUGUGGGUUCUAGAGGAUAUCGAGAAACAGGAAUGGUCGAAAUUUGUCUACACUUUUCCGGCUAAUGAACUCGUUGACCUCUGCUAUGUUUCGGUCGCUGGAGUGACAGCUACUGGUGAAAUUGUUUUGUCGAUGAAGUAUACAUCUAAACCGUUAUAUGUUUUCUACAUCAGUCCCGAAAGAAACACUCUCCAACGUGUUGAAAUACAAGGUUUUGGAGAAUACUAUGAUGAUAAUAAUCAUAGAGUUUCUGUAUUUGUUGACUAUGUAGAAGAUCUUAAUGUUACCGAUGCAAAGUACAUCAAUAUGCAUAUCUCAGCUAACAAGGGUUGGGAUGUAAUAGGGCCUGUGAUAUUAAACCCUAGAACGAGACAAUAUGUUAGCUUACCUGAACUGGAAACGUACGAAAGAAGUUCAGAUUGCUACUUAGGGUUUGAUCCGAUUGACAAGCAAUUCAAGGUAUUGUCAGUGGCUAAUGGUGAUCAUAGAAUUCUGACUAUAGGAACCGGAAAAAUGAUUUGGAGGGAAAUCCAAUGCCCCUUAUGCCAUUAUCCUGAGCCUUAUUCUGCGUCCGGAGAAGGGAUAUGCAUCAAUGGGGUUUUGUAUUACUUAGCUGUAACUUUUCGCCUACCGCAUGAUGAUUAUGCGAUAGUUUGCUUUGAUGUUAGGUCUGAGAAAUACAAAUUCAUUGAGAUACAACCCUUUAGAGCUAAAUUGAUAAACUAUAAAGGUAAAUUAGGUAGGAUUAACUGGAAGUAUGGUUACAAUACCUAUGAGUUGCAUAUGUGGGUUUUAGAGGAUAUCGAGAAAAAUGAAUGGUCGAAAUAUGUCUACAACUGGAAGGAGUACCCCUAUGUUUCCGUCGUUGGAGUGACCGCUGCGGGUGAUAUUGUUUUGUCAAACGGCUAUACAUAUGUUUUCUACUACAGUCCAGAAAUGAACACUGUCCAACGUGUGGAAAUCCAAGGUUUUGGUGAAUACUAUGAUCAUCAUAUAUAG